AUGGUUCCUGCUCUCUGUCUGCUCUCGAUACCGCCUGCGUCCGCGCUCUCCCUGUUCGGCUUUGGAUCAUCGUCGGACGGCGCAGCGACAGAGGAAGCCAGGGCAAGAGCCGUGGCGCUGAUCAGGGAGAACGCUGCGGGAGACGAGUUCACUCCGCCUGCCUCGGGAGUCGGGAGGCGAGACGCGGCGAGGUUCGCGGCCGCGCGUGCUGCAGGGAAGCUUGUGUGCACCAGCAGCAGCGGGGAAGAAGGCUCGACGGAGAUCUCGUGGGACAAGAUAAACGACAACUUUUGUGAUUGUCCGCACGACGGGAGCGACGAGCCAGGGACCUCUGCCUGCAGCAACGGUGUCUUCGAGUGCGCCAACCGCGGUCACCGGUCGGUGCGUCUGCCGUCGUCCAGGGUCGGGGACGGCGUGUGCGACUGUUGCGACGGGAGCGACGAGCCGGCAGGGGCCUGCAAGGCGUCCUGCGAGGAGGCUUCGGAGGAAUGGGUGGCGGGCCUAGCCGACCGGGUGGUGAAGGUGGAGCAGGGCACGGCACGCAGGGUGGGCUACGCUGAGGCGGCCGUUGAGGCUGCCUCCGUCAGAACAAAGGAGAUCGAAGACAUAAGACUGGUCACCGAGAGCGCGAGGGAUAAGCUGGCCCAAGCGAAGGAGGCGCUGAAAGCUCUCGAGGAGCAGGAAACCCAGCAGAAGAACGAAAAGCUCGCUGAGGCGGAGAAGGCGGUGUCCGAGAGGACGCGAGGCGUGCUGGAGGACCCCGAAAGACUGGCGGCAUUGGCCGUUGCCGUCGCUUCGGCGGACGAGCCGUCGGCGACCCUGGAGACGCUGUGCCGAUCGGUGCUGGACGGGGUGGACGUAGGCGUGGCGCUCAAGGAUUUGCUUGACGAGGGGAAGAAGAAGGACAAGGACGGCAGCAAGAAGAAGGGAGUGCCUGGAGUUGGCGUUGGCGAGGAGGAUGCAGUGGACGCGUUUCUGUCGGCCGAAGACGAGGAUCUGGAGGCCGGCUACGACGGACACUUGGGAGGGUUGGGCGGCUACGACGACAUGAUGGCGGACUCGCACGCUGGGGGAGAAGGAGGCGGUGACAACGAGGGGAAUGGAGAGGGCGGAAGCACGAAGGUCGGGCUGGACGCGAGCGACGGGGGGGGGCACCGUGAGGCCGCGGCGGGGGGGGGUAAGGAGGAGGAGUCGGAGCAGCCGGAGGCGGCGGAGCCGAAGAAGAAGACUGCGCCGUUUAAGGCUCCGCGCGAGUUCAAAACCUUGAAGUUCGAGACACCGGAGGCAGUGGAGGGGAGGAAGGAGGUGAAAAACCUCAGCGAUGAUUUGAAAGUCCAAGAGAAAAAGCUCAAGACGCUGGAGCAAGAGGAGUCGGAGGACUACGGCGAGGACGGCGCGCUGUGGCCCCUCAAGGACAGAUGCAUCACCGCCAAGACAGGGGGUUAUGAGUAUCGAGUGUGCGCCUUCAAGGAUGCCCACCAGGAGGAGGGAAAGUCCAAGACGCUGAUAGGGAAGUGGAAGGGGAUCGAGAGAGCCAAGGCGGACGACAUGCGGCAGCUGCAACAGCAGCACCAGCAGUUGGUCCUGAGCGGCGACGUGCUCGUCUUCGACCGGGGGCAAAAGUGCUGGAACGGGCCCGCCCGCAGCCUGCGGGUAGCGCUGGCCUGCGGUACGGAGGACUCCCUCUCCGCGGUGACGGAGCCGGAGACUUGCACGUACGAGGCGGUGUUGGAAACCCCGGGGGCGUGUUCCUCCGCCCAGAGGGACGCCUUGAUUGCUAGCGUAGCAGGGGGGGCGGGGGAGGACCUUAGAAGUUCUGAUGGUGGAAAACCACUUAGCAUGGGGCUCAAGUGGUGUUGGUCGUCGGACUCCACGAAAACCAUCGAGAGCUCAAGCCAUAUUCUGCUUAUACUGUGUGCAGGUUGCUGGUACCAAUACCAUAACAUAUCAAUCGCGGGAUGAAUCUCAACCACAGAGGCUCUUUGUUUUUCUUUCGCCAAAGACCAACGUCAUUGUCGCACCUUGUCCAGCGACACAACUGAUUAUUCCAAGAGGGCGACUAAAAACCGCAGAAACUUGCGCCUGGCGCGCAUUGGUUUACGGCCUUGGUCUAAGCUUUGAACCUUCAAGAGAAAACCUUUGUAGGAGGCCAAAGUCGACCUGUCAUGGAAAAAAAAACUUUCUUCGGACAAACAACAAAAAACUCGAGUCCUCGUCCCCCGCCUCGAGGCGCAUAACGCGCGCGGAUCAUCGCAAAAGGUGGGUGAUCUCUUCCGUACCCUACAUGUCAAGCCGGUCUGGCAUGUAGGUACCUAAUGUGUGCUGUCUGCGGAGCCCCCUCUCGGUAACCAAAUCGCCGCCAAGAGAAGCGCAACCAAGAAGCAAGACGAAGGGCUUCGGUGGCGCACCAAGAAAGAAACGACGGAAGUUGCUGCCGUGCUGCCUCCUGUACUGCAAGUGCUACCGGGAAACGAAAGAGAAACUCGCCGUCAUUUGACGUUUCGCGCGAAUCGGAACAAUACCCGCCGCACAAACAACCCAACUCAAGGAAAAAGAGAAAACCUCAGGGGAGCGAAAAGAACAUGAGAACCGAAAAAAAUUCUACAGCCUCUAACGCCAAGAGGACUUCUUGGUGCCCCCCAUGGUCGACUUGAUGCCGGCGUCCCCCUGCCCCACAAGGUCC